GGCUUUCUUUCAUGACAGGGAGGGGUUGUUCGCUUGCAGACCAGCAGCUGCAUGAUCUUUUUAUGGGACACUGUGUGUACUAAAGGAUACCCCCCCUCCAGGCAGGUGGGAGGACAGGCCCGUUAUGCCACCGUCAUCCUUCUAAACAAUGUUGCAUCAGAGUCCCUGCUGAGAUUUGGCAUUUAGUCUAGUUUUUUAAAAAUUAAUUCGUCUGCUGAUGUAUGUGUUUAGGGCUGCAACUAACAGAUUAUUUUCAUUAUCUGUUAAUCUGUUGAUUAUUUUCUCGUUUAAUCGUUUGGUCUAAAAAAAAAAAACCCAAAAAACGUCAGAAAAUUGGGGAAAAUGUUCCCAGAAUCCAAGAGUGAUGUCUUCAAAUGCUGUUCUUUGUUUAACCAAGUGUCCAAAAACUCAAUUAUACCCAGUUUACUAUCAUAGAACGCAAAAAAAACAAGAGAGAUUUGAGGCACAAACCAUAGCAUUUUAGCUUUAAACAUUACUUAAACGAUUAUCAAAAUUGUUGUAGAUUAAUCUUCGGUCACUGGCGACCUGUCCAGGGUGUACCCCGCCUUGCGCCCGAUGUCAGCUGGGAUUGGCUCCAGCCCCCGCGACCCUGUACGCAGGAUAAGCGGUUGACGAUGGAUGGAUGGAUUAAUCUUCGGUCGAUAAACCCAUACUAUUUAGUGUGUCCCAAUACAUAGAAUGUCAAAUGUAUUAUGCCAAAAAUACCAGGACGUCCUACUGCAGCUGGUUGCAUUUUGCGGCAUGCAAGCGAGCAUGCUUUUCUGAAUAUUCUGACCCACAAUCCUCUGCGCAGCAUGAGUAUGAGCAAGAUUCAAGGCACAAUGUUAGGAUGUAGUAGUAUCUCCCAGUUGUGUGCAUACUGCAUGCAACAGUAUGUACUUCGUAGGGGCAGCACUAAAAGUACAAAGAAAAAGUAUGUGAAUUUUAAAGCAAACUGUGUUUAAAAUAGGACUUGAUUUGAGUGUUGUUAAACUCUGAUUGGUGCAUGGAAGUAUGUGACAAUGCCUUUUUCCUGUUGAGCCCCGCCAGCUUCAAACCAGUGAGAGGAGUGCAGAAAAAAACAGACAUCUAAUGAAAUUACCACAAUGGUUUUGUUUGAGAAAAUAGGUAUUUAAGGCCUGAAGAACGACGGAAGUAGUUAUAAAAGUAAAAUUAAAUUAAAAUCAAAAUGUAGUUUAGCAGGUUAUUUAUGUAUUGUAAGCUUAUCAGUGGCUAGCUAUAUUUGAGAGACAUGCUGGUGUCAUAUCAAUCUCCUGUGAAAACGAUGUUUCUCCUAAUUUGGUGGUGAUUAUAUUUUGCUGACACGUGCGAAGAACGUUAUACUACAUCUUUAUAGGAAAGGUUCUCAUUUUUUUCUGGCUUAAGACAAUACACAUACCAUUAUUGGUUACUGUAAUUGUUCCUUCUCUCCAUACUGGCAGUGAAAAAAAUCCUUCAUAAUGUGAUAAGGGACAAAAUCCUUGUUCUGCAAAAAAAAAAAAGGCGAGCCAAAAGAGCCAAAGCCAAAUGAAGCAUCAGGAGUGUGAUGCAGUAGACAACCCAAGUGGGUCUCUUCCAGAGUUAGUAUUUUUACUACAAAAUUGUUUUAUUGUGCCAUCAACAGAUUUUAAACAUUUAGAAAAUACUAACCUGACUCGUCCAACUUGGACUACUAAAGCCUCAUUUUAGCUUUGGCUGAACUUUUGAAUGUAGCUUUACACUGAACGACUAUGUUCUGCCCCCAUGUGUUUGACUGGAAUUGGGAAGGGAUAACUUCAUGGGCAUUAUGGACAGGAGGAUUGAUUACAGCGAGCAAUACAUUUUGCAGUGUACAAUGGGUACCUGACCAUUUUAAGAGAAACUUGGAAAAAAAUGUGAUCCUUUUAAGUUAAAUAAACCUUUUAAACCCAAAAGUAUAAUCCGAAAAGUGCAUCGUCACAAAACUGAAAACACAGCUGUUUUCUGUAGCUCAUGUGAAGUUGAGGUUUGGAGUUUUCACAGGACAGCAAAAUGAUUAAAUACGGUUUAGUCUACAAUGACGCAGGACAGAAAUAAUGUUCAUGAUGUUUAGUCUUUCAAAGAACAUCCUUCAUCCUUGCAUGCUGAUUGGCUGAUUGCACCUGCGCUAAGUAAAAUGACAAACUUGCCGAGCUCAACACUUCACAGACUCAGGUUUUUCUGUGGUUGUUUGACCAAUCAAAAUCAAGUCUGUGGUCUGAGUCUGAUCAUCUUAAAAAUUUAGUAAUAACCUCAUUUACAUGUAAUCACACAGACUCGCAUUCAGUAUCUGCACUUAACAUGUUUGAUAGGUGCAUAUAUGUGAAAAUUAAUCUAUAGAAACCCUUUAAACUGGCAGAUAUCUGCAGGUGGAGUUUGAUGCAUCAGCUCCGACACAAGCAGGAAGAGAUGACGGCACAUGUUGGGGCUGAUUGAAGGUUUUAGUUUGUAUCAGGAGAGUUUUAGGAUCUGGUUAAUAUUUGUAAUAAAACGUGAAAUGUUUUUGGGGGGGUCAGUGUGUCGCUCUUAUUUUUAUUUUCUGUCAUUCCAGAAUGAGUCUGCCUUAUUUCAAUACUUUUGAUUGUGAAAUUCAGUUGUGAAACAAGUUUUAUGAUGAAUAAAUUAAAGUUGUUUUUUUUUUUAACUGGUGAAAAUAUUUGCUUAUGUUUUGAUGAUUUAAGUCGUUUUCCUUUAAAGGAAUAUAGCAGGUCAAUAACCUUUCUGUUUACCCCAAUUUCAGGUGGAAUUGAUUCAUUUAAAUGUUUGAUUUUAAUGCACUUAGCAGCAAUUUAUAUUUUAUUCAUCAAGGUAAGAAUUUAAGGAUUAUCACACUUACUUUUGGCAACUUUAUUUUCCUCUUAAAUUAGAUGUAAAAGGCUUUUCUUCCCUGACAUGACGUUUUACUUAGAAAUUUUAUGCAGGCUCAUGCGUUUCUCUGUUGAGACUGAGUUGUAAAUAUCGUUAUAAUCUGCUGUCCAUCCACUCUGACACAUGUUCUGUAAAUUAAUCUGAAACUCGCGAUGCUGAGAUAACCACUCUGUCUCUCCAUCCUCUUUACCAGGAGUCGUGCAGCCACGCCUCUGCUGCUACAGAUGUUCUCCUAAUUCACUGCUGGAGUAAUGGAUGGAGAGACCAGAGAGUUUGUACCUGCCAAGAGCUGGAGACUGCUGCUUGCUGCAAGCACAGUAAUCUGAAUAACAGCUUUUACUGGCUGGAAUGUAUUGACUGGCUUCAGAUUUAGCAACUCAUUCCUAAAGCUUCCCUCCCCCAUCGCCUCCCAGUAUCCCUCCUCUUCCUCCUCCCUCCCUCUAUCUUUCUGUCUGUCAUCCCUGUUUUCAUCUCCACUGUGCUGUGUAGUCAGUCUGCCUCCAGCUGAUGAGCGUAUUGGCAGCUGCAUCAUUCCACCCUGCUGAGUUAUUGGGAUUUGUUUGCUACUUUUCCUGUUUUGUAUUGAAGCUGUCCCUGCAGCUGUACACACCCCUCUAUGUGUGUUCGUGUUACUGGGCUAAUUGUUAUUGACAGACUGUAUUGUGUCUCGUGUUUUUUUGAUUCUAUUGAUUAUUUUUAUUAUUUUUGUUACCCCACCUCCCAGGGCGUGGGAAACCAGAGACAAUGUUCUCCUCUUCGUCCAGAAACUCUCUGUUCUCGCCCUGGUCGUCCAUGGAGCAGUCGGACUCUGAAGCGUUAGACAUCAGCACCAAAGUGCAGCUGCAUGGGGUCCUGUGGAAAAGGCCCUUUGGACGGCCAUCGGCCAAGUGGUCCCGCAGAUUCUUCAUCAUUAAAGACAGCUUCUUGCUCUACUAUGCAGAGAGCGAGAAGAGAAACUUUGAGACCAACAAGUACUUCAACAUCCACCCCAAGGGAGUCAUUCCUCUGGGAGGAUGUGUGGUGUCAGCUAAUGAAAACAUGGGCAUGCCCUUUGCUGUUGUGGUCAACCUGGAAGACUUUACUGGUACCAUAGUCCUGGCUGCUGAGUGUGAGGAUGAGCAGGUCCAGUGGAUGGAGAUGCUCCAGGAGUCAGGGAAAGUCACCUGGAAGAACGCCCAGCUGGGUGGGGCCAUGAUUGAGAGUCUGGAAGCUCAGGGGCUGCAGCUGGCCAAGGAGAAGCAGGAGUAUCUGGAUAAGCUGAUGGAAGAGACUGAGGAGCUGAGUCAUCAGAGAGCACAGAGAGAGGAGCUGGAGCGUCUGAACCAGGUUCUGGAGGAGGAGAAAAUGAAGUUUGAGGAGGUGGUGCUGGAGCUGAAGGCAGAGCAGGAGCAUAUCAAACUAGACCUGGACGGUACAGCUCAGUCCCUGAAAGGUGUUGAGAGUGAAAAAGAAGAGCUCAGCAGUUUAACCAUCAUGCUGCAGAAAUCCAUUGAGGAGCUCUCUCAGGAGAAACGGCGAACUCUAGAGCUGCUGGGGGUGAAGGAACCGGACAUGGAGGAGGUGAAGACUGCAGAGGACAGCUCAGACUGCAGGAAGUCUGAGGAUGGGGGGGAUCCCGGAGACAUGGACCUGCUGCAGGACCUGCGGCACAUCGAGGAGCAAAUGAAGAUCCUGCUGAAGGAGAAGGAGCAGGCGGAUGACAAGCUCAGGGAGAAAGAGCAGCGGGCUAAAGUCUUGCAGCAGGAGAGAGAGUACUACUCGUCUCAGGCUAGGACGCUGCAGCAGUCGCUCACUCAGCUCACCGUGGACAAGCAGCAGACCGAGGCCGAGCUUAAGGCAGAGAUAGAGUCCCGGAUGGAGCUGGAGAAGAGACUGAAGCAGGCUGAAGAGGCUCUGCAGGACCUGGAGAAAGGCCUGGAGUCACUGGACCGGACCAAAGAGAGAGACGAGAAGAUGAAGGGGGAUGUGACACAGCUGAGGCGAUUUUUUGAGGAGUGUAUCUGUGCAGCAGAGAUCGAGGCGAAGCUUCCAGCGAUCAUGAAGAAUGCUGUGUAUCUGCACAAAGCUGCUGCACGCAGAAUCAAGAGCUGCCGAAUCCAAAGGAGAGUGUCCAGACGCCACUGGUUAAAACAAUCCAAGUCUUUUGCUGUGCCCAAUGCUGACGACAGCAACAUGGAGGAGCUGCGAGAAACGGCCCGGCGACUGACCUCCGACAGCAGCUUCAGAGAGAGCGUGUACAAGAUCAUGGCCCGCAAGGACUCUGCAAACAAAACAGAGGACUGAGAGGAGAGAGAGCGAAGUAAAAGAGGAGAAAUGGUCCUUAGCUUUACCUCAGUCCACACACCGAGUGAUGUAGAGAUCCUGAUCCCAAACCCACCAUUAAAAUACUUUAGACAACUGUACACAGAAGUCAGUUUGGUGGCUUCUCUGGUUGCAAACUAUACUGAGAGCAGUAAGAAUUCAGUUUAACACACAAAUCAACAGUGCUAUAUUAUUAUAUAUAAUAGGUUUACAUAUAACAGCACUUGUUCUCAGCCCCCUCAUGAAUAUACUGGUUUAUAGCCCUUUUUGACCAAACAGUUCCAGGACCCACGAGAACAAAAUCCAGGAACUGAAAGACCCUUUUUCACAUUGCUAUUUGUGUGUUCAUCAAAUCAGGGCAAUUAAGGAUAAAAAAACUAUACAAUGAUUGAAACGCAGUAUUCAUUUUCUCUUUCUAUUUACUGUUGCGAGAUGUUCAAGUUGGAUGUUAAGAAAUAAACGAAAAGGAGAUGAAAAAUUUAACUUUGGAGAGAGGGGCUCCAAAAGAGUUUUAUGGCAACAAAACUUCUGGCCCUUUUCUACCAAAAUGUUCCUAAUGUGAUUUAGCAUCAGAUUCGGCAGAGAGAUUCAGCAACAGAGUGAUCCUGCUGUUCUUUGUAUUUACUGUAAAGAAUAAAUGAAAAGGAGAUAUGCAGAGGUAGAAAAGGAGACAGAAACACUGACUAAAGACCGAAACCCCCUUUCUUCAAAACAGACAAUCUGUUUGUUUGACUGGUAUAUAACUCUGAUUUAACAGCAAUUAAACAGCCAGUUGACAUUUUAUUUUCUCGUUUAACUAAUCAGGUAACGAACAACAACACAGCCUCACACAUAUUUUAAAAGUAAAUAUACACCUCUUGUCCCAGUAUUGAUACUAGAAUCCAAUAAUCCUUUAUUUUGGGAAUAAAGCAAGUUGUACACAAGUUGAUGGUCCACUCUGCAAAUUGAACCAUCAGAAAGUACUACUCUAGUUCCUGGAACUGUUUGGCUAAAUCGAAUCUAAUCACACUUUUCUACCAAAGAAUACUUAAGUGAAAACUACAUGUAUGUUAGGAACAACUGUUCUCUCAGUAAGGUGUACUAUGUUGUAGUGUCCUAAUCAAAUAUAUUAUUUUGACAAGAAAACUGACCAUUUGGGACUCUAGACUUCACCUCAUAAGUUGCCGUCAUGUUACUUGACAUUAAGAAACACUAACAUCAUUGAUUGAUCAGUCGGCAGUGUGUGACUGUAGCCUUGUACCUUGAGUUUCUAGUGUUUUCACCAUUCUCAAAAACAAAUACGAUUAUAAUAGAUUUGAGGUACCAGAUAGCACAGACUAUACAAAUUCGUCUUGUAAAAUGUUUGUUUUUAUUAUUCUGGUUUUGAUUGUAUGCACAGAUUGUGUCCUUUACUUUAACAGAGGUUCUAUGAAAACAAUGAUGGAAACACGUGUCUGAUAUUGAAACUUGACCAUUUUGUUAUUGCUACAUAUAAAAAUCUGUCCUUGACCAAGCAAAUCAUUGUAAAUCACUGACGCAAGCAUUUUAUGAUAAUGUACAAAUGAUAACUUAACACCGGAAAUGAUAGGAAAAAAAGAAGCCCACAUGUCAGGGUAAGGUAAGAGGGAACAUAUUAUGGACUGAACAACAUGCCUUGAUGUUAAUAAAGCUGUGUUUGAACCUUG